UUAGGUGCAAAAUAUAGAAAUGCUCCGAUAGAUGCGGGAGUAAAACAACCUAGAGCAUAUACCGUAGAUAGGCGGGAAACGAUUGAUGAUUUAAUAAAAUUCUUAGACAAUAAACCUAUAAUAUUAAAUAAAGAAAUUCAAUGGUUAAAGGAUGUUAAAGCCGAUAUUGUGUUGUCUGAUGCUCCUUUUCUUCCAUGUGCAGCAGCAGCAUUAGUUGGAAUACCGUCAGCUAUUGUCAGUAAUUUUACCUUUGAUGCUGUGUACAGUGGAUUAUGUGAAGGCGAUGAAUUAGAUGAUACAAUAAAAAGACUUGUUGAACAUGUCAUAAAAGAUUAUAGAAAUUCUGAAUUAUUAAUUAGGUUGCCAGGUUAUAUUCCAAUACCAUCAUUUUCAGGUACACAGCUUUAUCCUGAUAACACAAUAACAUCAUCAUCAUUAACUUCAUCUAAAGGUGAAAAAACAUUAUAUAAUGAGGAAAAAUCAGUGAAUUAUCUAAGCGAUAUAAAUUCGUUUUUUUCAUCACCUAACACUUCAAAAUUUUUAAAAUAUCAUCGUAACGUAAUUGAUGUACCUUUAGUAGUACGUAAAUCGAUAACUCCUAAAGAAAUAGUAUUAAAAAAUCUUGGUAUACCGAAAGAAAUUUUCACUACUCAUAAAAUUUUAAUGGUAUCUUUUGGCGGGCAAAAUUUAGUUGGUAUUGAAGAUUGGGGUACUUCUUCUUUACCUGAUAAUUGGAUUGCUAUAGUAUGUGGUAGUGAUGGUAUAAACUUACCUGAUAGAUUUUAUUCUUGCCCAAAAAAUGCUUAUAUACCUGAUUUAACUAAUGCUGCUGAUGCUAUAAUUGGAAAAUUAGGAUAUGGUACUUGCUCAGAAUGUAUUGGUCAUGGUAAACCUUUUAUUUAUAUUUCAAGACCUCAAUUCAUUGAAGAAUUAGGUUUAAAACGUUUAAUGGAAUUACAAGGUAUCUGUGUUGAAAUGCCAAAAUCUCAUUUUGAAUCUGGUAAAUGGAAAUCUUACAUACAGAAAGCCUAUGAUUUAUCAUUGUCAUCUUCUAAUUCUGUUACUACAAUUAAGCCUUUAACUCAUGAUGGUGGUUUUAUUGCUGCUAACUUAUUAGAAAAUUUUUUAGAUAAUCGUAAUUAUUAUUUUAAUACUUUAUCUGACGAUAAUAAUUCUCGCAUUAAUGAUAAUUUUUAUAAAAUUAAUACUAGUAAAGUAUUAAAAAACAGUAUUACUUAA